AUGGCCGGCGUGCAAGGCAACAUCCGGUCCUUCAUUGCGCCGAUCAGAGGGUCUGGUCGAACUGCCCCAGCAUUCCUUGAGGAUUUAACACUCUACGAGCCAUGGCGGGACUCCGAGGACCUCCCAAACCUGCUGGCUGAUUCUCCUCUCAAGUUCAUUCAUGUCCCCUAUUUGGCCGACCUCCUACCUCUUCAGGGCUGCAGACACAAAUUUGGUCUGAAGCCGAGACAGUCUGAACCUCCCGCAUUGGACGAGAGGCCCGGUCCGCAGUCAAUAUGGAGCAUUGCAGCUUUCUGUCAAGUGUGCCGCGUGCAUCUUCAUGUCAAGGUCGAUUACACCAUCAGAUUCAACAACGGCCCCUGUCCGAGCGUUGAGCAUCCUCUCCAUCACCUGGUGAGAUCAGAUUUUCAAGAGCCGCUGGAAAAGAAUGCGUGGGAGCGCAGGAAUCCGGACUCUCAAGAUGAAAUAUACUCCUACCGAUGUUCUUCCCGUACCUGCUCCGCCACCGUUACCGUACGUUACAGCCCACCGGUGCUGCGUCCUAGCGACAUUCAUACCCUGACCGAUCAUUCGCUGCUUCGUCAGAGAACAGAGGACGCUUUCCGCGAGCGAGAAGGACAUACAGAGGGGAUGCGGCACCCUGGGCCAAUGGACGUCCUGCAUGACCUUCGAGCAUAUCUGAGGAACUCCUGGCGUGCAAGAGAUGAUCCAAAGUAUAGAUCAAUCAACCUGUCAAAUCGGAGAUUCAUCGUUCGAUUUGGACCAGAGGGCAGUGCUUGUAAGGAUGUCCUGGAGCACCUAGGGUUCCAGCUUGUGCCCGGGGAUUGCUGGAUGGUCCCAGAACCAAAUUUCGAGGAGAACCUACCGUACCAGAGUCCCGUCAACCUCUGGUUAGACAAUGCCGAACACGAGUUGACGGCUCUUCUUUUGUCGCGUCCCUAUGAAGAGCGACAGCAACUGCAAGAUGUCACCCCUCCUGUGCCCGCUGAAAGGGAACUUUCACGGGCCCUAGGGUGUCAGGACUGUGAGUCGCCUGCCCGCGUCGGUCCUUUCACUGCUCUUGGUUGUCCGAUGGAUUUGUCUGACCAACUUGUUGCGAAAGCGUACCAUUGGCAGGUGCAAACAGAUCCUCCAAAUGCACAUUUGUAUCUCACCAACCUCAAGUACAUUGGGAAUCAACGUCAGAGUGAAGCUUUAGAGACUGAAGCUGUAUUAGAGACCUCACGGGGCCGGUUUGAUACAGAAAUGUUGGAUGAAGCAUAUAAAGCCUUUCAUUUGACCGGCCUUGGAGGUCCGGUCAGCGACGAGGACAUCAUCGGCUCAUUUACAGCUCAACUGGCAGACUCACCGGGCCACGAACAUCAACUGAGAGAUUAUCUCCGCAUUAUAGGAGUUCAUCGUGACAGUAAACGCAUCACAGACACUGCGAUGAACAUUAUUGACAGCUACGAGUCAGCACUUGCCUUCCUAGAUGCCGAUCCCACAAUCGAAGACGAGCACAUUCAAGCUUUGUUUGCUGUCAAGACAAACGAAAACAAAGCCCUAGAGGAGCAAGCCAUUCAAGCCGUUCGCCUAAUUGCCCAGCACCGCAAAAGUCGCUUUCUAUCCAACUGGAUUGACUCCGGAUUUUCCAACGAAAUGCAGAGCCACAUGGAGCCUGCUGAAGGCUACCAAGCCCUUCAGAUUGACAACCGUGAGAUUGACGAUGAAAUGAUCCUCUAUCAGUACAAUAUAGCCGUCGACGAAAAUCCCGGCAGUGUGGACUACUACAACAGAGCGCUUGCCGCUAUCGCCAAAGGCCGGAAUAGCUCGAUUUUGUUGGAUCACUUACACAGCAGGGCCCCCCAAGAACCCCAGGGCAAGCCGGAGGAACCUGUUGGACUCGAAAAUAUUGGGAAUACCUGCUAUUUGAACAGCUUGUUGCAGUUCCUGUUUACAAUGAACCAGGUGCGACAGUUGGUUCUCAACUUUGAUGAAUACAAGAUGCCCUUGGACGAGAAGAGCAUGGAGCAAAAGCGCGUUGGACAGCGAAAGGUUAGCGUCAAAGAGGUCCAAACUGCGCAGAGAUUUGUCGACAGCCUGGCGUCUCUGUUCCGCGGCAUGAUACAGACACCCCGUUCAUCCAUCAAGCCGGAGCAGGAGCUGGCCCGAUUGACCCUGGAGACCGAAAGUGUCAAAGAAAAGAUGCGUCGAAGGUCAACACUCAAAUCGAAUGAGCGGCCCAGCUUAGGCUCAAUCGGUACGCUACCUGCUUCAGGUCUUGCGCCAGUAGUUGACUCUGAGGCAAAUGGGAUAACGGAUACUACAAUUAUCCAGUCUCCAACCGACACUAUGGCCGCCAACGUUGACAUGACACAAGAUGCCAACACGUCGAAGGUGGAUACAAGAGAGGACGCAGGUACCGAGGUCCAGUAUGUCGACAAUCUCGCAGCCAACGACAGUGGCAGUGAAGCCACUUUGGUAUCAACGCCUGACGACGACCGGAAUAUGCUCGUGGAGACAGACGAACAUAUGUCAAUUUCGGACAACAAGGAGAAUGUGUCACCUUUUAAGCCUACGACAACAUCGGUGGCCCUGUCUCCUUGGACGGGGCAGCCUCUUACAACAGCAGCGCCAAUGAUUUCAAGUGCUCAAUCAGAAGCAGUGUCGGGAAAUACCGAUGAAAAGGCUUCCGGUAUAGAUCCGGCAUUGUUGAAAUACGCCCCACCCCCUGGAAAGCCACCGCCAGUGCCUCCACGGAAACCCGUCCAGAAUACUACAACCACGCUGGAAGAGUAUGCACGUCAACAAGAUGUAACCGAAGUCAUGAAUCACUGCAUCAUCCAGCUGUCUUACGCCAUGCGGCCUACAGGGUUUGACAAGUCGGGAGAGCAACGCGACGAAGUGCACGAUCUAUUCUUCGGGCAACAGGUGGUCCAUAGCCAACCUGAAAAAAAAGCACCCCAGGCCCUACCGUUUCUCAAUAUCAUCACGCGUGUGUUCCAUCAGCCCGUUGAUGUAUAUGCUGCGAUUGACAAUGAGUUCGAUCUCCAAGAUGCGCAAGAUGGCGCAAAAGCCUAUACCUCAAUCGUCAGUCUGCCGCCGGUCUUGAGCAUAGCCUUGGACCGAGUGUCAUGGAACAACGAGAUAAAACGUCAAGAGAAGCUGAAUUAUCACGUCGAUGUUCCAGAAACCAUCUACAUGGAUAGAUACCUUGAGACUUCGGCUGGCUCUGACCUAAUGCAAAGACGACAGCAGACGUGGGAGAUUAAGAAGGAGUUAGCAUCACUUGUCGCACGGAGAGACGAGCUUGAGGAAAAAUAUGGCAAAUCUGCAGAUAUCCCGGGUCUUCUCGAAGAUGCAAAGCUUGUCUUGGAAUAUCUGGCAGAAGUACCUGGAGACCAAAUAUCAGGCGAACUCGACAUCAGUCCAAACGCCAUCGCUACUCUCGGUAUCUUAGCUGAAAAUGCUCGUUCUGAGCUCGAAGAAAUCCGUGCCCGCGUAUCCCACCUCUCCCAACAAAUCAAAGAAUCCUUCGUCGACAUGCGCAAGCACCCUUACCGCCUGCACGCGGCGUUCUUCCACCGCGGCUCCGCCGGUGGAGGCCACUACUGGGUGUACAUAUACGACCACAAAAAAGAGGUAUGGCGGAAAUACAAUGACGAUCGCGUCUCCACUGUCACAAAUCUGAACGAGAUUUUUGGAAACCCAUACGCACAAACCCAAACCCAAGGUCAACAACAGCCAGCCAGCGCGAGUAGCUUGAACCCGCCUCCGAACCCGUACCUCUUGAUCUACCUGGAUGCAGAUCGGAUCGAUGACCUGGCGGAGACGGUCAAACGGGAGAUUGUGAAUCCGCCCCAUGAUGCGGCCCCUACCGUCCCGGAACGUACAGACCAGCCUCAAAGCCAGAUGACAGCUAUGCCACCCACUCUGAAAUUAAGCAACGGCGGGGAUGUGACAAUGCUGGAGUAUGCCAACGGUGGUGAGCAGGCCCAAUCAUCCUCGCAAUCAGAACCUUCCUCCGCCGCCCUCGACAGCUCCUCCCAACCAAGGGACGACCCGAGCGUGCGGAAGGAAGGGCAUUGGGAUAACAGCCAGCUGAUGAUGGAUAGGAAGAUUGACUGGUAA